CUUGGGCAUUGCACUUACCAGCCGAAAUGUCUGGGCAUGUCCAAAACUCAGCCGAACCCGAGCAAUCGCUCAAGAGACCAAUUGAUCACUUUUCAGAAGAGCAGGCACGCCCAUCACAGCCAAUCCUUCCGGAAGAUUCGGUGACGAAGGCCGAGAAGAUUGAAAGGAACGGAGUGAAUGGGAAGGCAGAAGAUCUAGACGAACAGGAGCCAGCAGCAAAGCGAAUCAAAAUGGAGGACUCAAUAGAAACAGUUGCAGGGAAUGGUCCGGAGGAGAAGAAGGUUGACUCAAGAGAUAAGGUGAAAGGAAUUGCCCUUGUGAAAACCGAGUACCUCAUCGACACAUACAAGAGGGCAGUUACCACUUCGACCCUGGACGAUGAUGCUGCAGAAGGACGAGGUCACGCAGAUGAUCGGGACAAUAAUGGAGACAACCGAAAAGGCGGCCGUGGGGACAAGAAGAAGAAGAGGAAAGAAAAAGGUCAGAACAAGAAUCGAGAGUUUGGAUCCUGGUACGAUAUGAUCAGACUUUGCAACAGUCGAGCCAACACACCAGAAUUCUCUCCGAAGGAAUGUAGCUUUGGUGACACAUGCAAGUGUUGCCACGAUUUGCGAAAAUAUCUUAAGGAAGGAAAACGGGAGGAUCUGGAUACUUUUGACAAGAGGUGCCCCGUCUGGGAGGUUCACGGAACGUGUUAUGCAGGAUGGAAGUGCCGCUUUGUUUCAAGUCAUUCGAAGGAAAUCGAACGAGAAGAUGGUAGGAAGGAAUUGGUCUUGAUCGACAAGGACGACGCCAAGCCUCUUGAAGACGAUGAUGAGAACCGGAAAGGGGUUUAUAACGUCGUCAGUACGGCUGACAAGCUAGACCUAGCAAGGCGAAGAGCGAAGACCGAAAAGUCAGACAAAUACAUUGAAUGGCUAGAAAAUGACCAAAAGGAAAUGGACAAGAUCUACCAUCAGAAGAAAGAAGAGACCGCUGAGAAGCGUGAGGAGAAUCGAGCCACUUUCACUGACCCACCCCUCCUUCCCUCUGAGAAGAGAAGAAUAUAUUUCGGUCCAGAAACACCAGUCCUCGCUCCCCUCACAACACAAGGAAACCUUCCGUUCAGGAGAAUGUGCGUAGAGUUCGGGGCACAGCUUACGUAUUCCGAAAUGGCUAUGUCGAUUCCUCUGAUACAAGGUCAGAAGUCGGAAUGGGCUCUGAUGAAAGCUCACGAGAGUGAGAUAUCGGCACCUCGAUACACGCCAACAUCUGUUGUCCAAGAGUAUACCAACUCGAAAGAUUUGAAGUUCGGUGCUCAGAUUUCUGCCAGCAAGCCCUGGCAAGCCCUCAAAGCUGCAGAAGUCAUGCCAAGACUGUUACCUCAUCUCAGAGUUAUUGAUAUCAAUUGCGGCUGUCCUAUUGAACUUGUUUACCAGCAAGGUGCUGGUUCAGCAUUGCUUGAUGCUCCUUCGAAGCUGGAAAAGAUGAUUAGAGGCAUGAAUGUUGUCUCUGGAGAGGUUCCAAUUACAGCUAAGAUUAGAAUGGGCACGAGAGAUGGGAAACCUACAGCUCAGAAGACCAUUGAACGUUUAGCUUUUGGUGGGUACGAAGCACGACAGCGACUUGGAGCUCCAGGGUGUGCUGCGAUUACUCUUCACGGUCGAAGCAGGCAACAAAGAUACACCAAGAAUGCGGAUUGGUCGUACAUAGCCGAGUGUGCAACUUUGGUCAAGUCAUACAAUCAGAAGAAAGACGAUUUGACAGACACCAUUAACGAACCUGAUGCCCGAACUCAAGCAAACACUUUAGAUGGAAGAAUGUAUUUCGUUGGUAACGGCGAUUGCUAUUCUCACGUUGACUAUCUGGACCAUAUCCAGAACGCUGGAGUUGACUCUGUCAUGGUCGCUCGAGGAGCACUCAUCAAGCCGUGGAUAUUUGAAGAGAUUGAGAAGGGCCAAUAUAUUGACAAAUCUGCCUCAGAACGCCUCGGCUAUAUUGAGAAGUUCGUCCGUUAUGGGCUUGAGGCUUGGGGAUCUGAUGAAGUGGGCGUAGGACAAACGAGAAGAUUCCUUCUGGAAUGGUUGAGCUUUGCUCAUAGAUAUGUCCCCGUCGGCAUUCUGGCUCACUUGCCACCGAGUUUGCAGGAUCGGCCACCUGCGUACCGAGGGAGAAGCGAUCUAGAGACAUUGUUGGCUAGUGACAAUUACUUGGAUUGGAUCAAGAUCAGUGAAAUGUAUCUUGGUCCUGCUCAUAAAGACUUCAGAUUCCAACCCAAACACAAGUCAAAUAGCUACGAAAUUGAGGCAGAGGGAUGAGGGAAGCUCUGAUAAUCUUGGUGAAGGAAAUAAACCCUCACAACAGUAGACCUAUUGGCAGCAGACGCACUGGUUCUGCUGCUUUUGUGAAAUGGCCGGUGGUAGAUUCGACAUCAGUGGAGAUGUUUACAACACUAUCAAGUAACCAUGAAUAUAAUCGAGUAGCAAAACGACAUUCAUUCAAUGAAAAUUUCGU